AUGGCAGGAAAGUACGUUGACGUCGUUCGGAAGGCAAUCAGCUUCUGUUGUCAACAGCAAAACUUCAGUAAAAUUGUUGAUAAAGUAAGAUUGUUUAAAUUUGACAGUAAAUAAACUUCAUUCUAGUGCAGUGUCAUAUCGGCGGAACCAAACAACCUUAAGGUUGAGUUUACAGUGACAGAAGACCUGACAAACGGCUGGAAGACGCUUCAUGGAGGAUGCACAGCAACUUUAGUGGACAUGAUAACUACUAUGGUAUUGUACACAACAGACGACGAGAAAGUUCAUCCGGGUGUCAGUGUUGAUAUGGCCUUAUCGUGAGUUUUAUUCUAUAACGUUCUUCAAAGGUUUCUUACUUUUUGUAAUAUUACGCUUGAUUGUGACCUCUUUUUAUGUUUUUUGACCAUGAUUGUGAUCUUAGGUACUAUGGUCCUGCUCAAUUGGGAGACAAAGUUAUAAUCGAUGCCACAAUUAUUCGAAAAGGUCGAACUUUGGCAUACACAAAGGCCGAUCUCUACCUGAAGGACUCGUUGAAGCCAGUGGCAUUUGGUACACAUACGAAGGCCUUCCCACCGGUUAAGAAGUGA